AAACAGGAAGUGCAUGGCAUAAAACCAACGUAGAAUAAAGCUACUGGGUGAAGUGUAAAGGAAGUGUAUACAGCUAAGCCACUGUGUUACACAGCUAGACAGAUGAGGGACCAAAACAACAUGCUAGGGAACAGGCUGGCUCAGCCAUCCUUGAUGUGCAGCAAGCUGUUUGGCCAUGGUCCGGCCUGGAGCCCGCUUGGUCAUGCACAGCCCCAUCUGAUGUUAAUAGGGUCUGGAAAGAGGCUUGAGUUUGUGGGGAAGGUAAGAAAGUAAUUAGCCUCAUGCUGAUGGUUUAUAUACAUUUAUUGAUGGUUCCUGUGUGUCCAGAGGUAACAAAAAAAGUCUGCCCAACCAGACAAUCAUCCUGGCCAAGACCCAAACAGUUGUUCUGACUUCCUAUGAAGGCCAGGCUCUCACCCUCUAAAACCUCCAGUUCUGCACAGGCCAAGGGUUCAGAGACAAGCCUGGAGACCAGCAAUCACAAGUGGGGGAGAGGGCUGUCCUGGCUCUGACUCGGGAUAUCAGAUACUGGCCGGGAAGGAAGCAGAGGAAUUGGGAGGGGAGGACUCAGUUUGAUUCAUCAAAGGCGUCCUGAGGUUCCCCUGGCUGACUCCUCCAAGGGGCUGCAGACAAUCAGUGCAUUGUCAGCAGGGGCUGCAGCAUGAAGCAAGGGCACAUCCACACCGAGAGCCUCAGGGCCAGGCCUGUUGAGGUAAGUGUCUCUACCACCCCCAAGACAAGAAGACAGGGAUGCCAUAGGAGGGGAUCGUCACCAGCCACCCUCCUCAGCCCCUUCCCUGAGCAAGUAGGCUCCCUGGUCUCUAACCUGGAAGCCCCACUGACCAUAACGUGCCCUCAGGUGAAGACUAAGCCCUGCCAAAGGGGCUGGAGAGCAGCAGGCCUGCUGCUACUGCUGACACUGGUCACUGCAGGGGCCAUGGCAGGAGGGCUUCUUGGCUUCAUGUACAGCCCUCCCAAGCCGUUACUGCAGAUGCUCCGAAAGACCUUCCCAAGCUCUAGGCUACCCUGGCCCAACCAAACCAUUGUAGUGGACGUGGCUGUGAACAUGGCAACCAUCGUGGUGACUCCGCUUCAGAGCAACCAAAGCUGGGCCGUGCUGUUCGACGGGCAAAGUGGCUACAUCUGUUACCGCCCCGCAGAGCACCGGGCCUGCUUCCUCCGUCUGAUGGAAGCCCAAGACUGGGAGACCCUGCGGCUGCUGGUGAACACUUCCAGGGCCCAAGAGUCCCAUGAGCCUGGCCAGGACACCCACUAUGCUCAGGAACUGGUGGCAGUUUUGGGGGGCCACACUGUGGACCCUGCCCAAGUGGGAGCUUCAGUGCAGCACCUUUGUGCGGACACCCCCAUCUACUGGGCCCGGCGAGCAGAGGGGCCCCAGCGACAGCGGCUGAUCUACCUCUGCAUUGACAUCUGCUUCCCGAGCAACAUCUGUGUGUCCGUCUGCUUUUAUUACCUCCCAGACUAAGCCCCCUACCAAGCCCUCCCAGCCUUGGUCCCACAGGUCAGCAAGCUGGCCAGGUCAUCAGCACCAGUGAAAGGCAGCUGACAGUAGGGACAAAUAAACCCAGAUUACCUGGC